GUUCUUGAAUGUAUAGCAAACGAAAAAAGAUCACAUUAGAAGCUCUAACAGAAAACAUAAGCUUUCGCAAGACCAAUGUGAACUGGUGUACGAGUUUCCCAUCUUCAAAAAUUUUAUUAAAAUUAACGUUUUUGCGCAUUCUAUUUCUUGUGACCAACUAACAAAUUCUACGAUUUUUAACCAUCAUCUAUUCCACACAUUUCGAAAUGAGUAUUUCAAGUUUUACUACACAGCCUGUGAUACAGCAGCAACCCAAACUCGAGACUGAACAGCUCCACUGCAAUGCAGCCAUGCACGUCUCCAGCCCUCAAGUUGAGCCUGUUUUUAUUCAUCCUACAAACGGAUCAAGUUUGUCAUAUGGAGGGAGUUCUAGUACACCAGUUGAGUCAAUGCCUGCAGUUGCAGCGAACAUUCAGCAACCACCAGGAAUGUGUUCUGAGUCCAACCACUCAGAGCAUCUGUUGCCAUCACAGAAAUACAGCAACGGUGGUACUGCACUUGUGAAUAUGGGGGAAAUCCCGACUGUAAUGCAGCAACAACUGGGUGAUAGAGGAGCUCUUGCAGCAAUCAACAUUCCAUACCCAGGGGCAGUAACAAGUGGGGCACCAACAACACUUUUGACAUUUCAACCUGCAGGGCGAACAUUUGUGGCAGCUCCAGCGACUGGAGUUUGGCCAGUCAAGAUCAUGCAGAAUGCCUCAACAAUGACAGAGGAGUCAGAGCUACAAGCAAUGCCGAAAAUAGGACCAGUUCAUGUUCCAGACAAGUCAAAGGAACUCGGCAAUCAGACAUGUGCUGAACCCCAAAAUGGACAAAUAAAAGGUACAACAGCAGAAUCAGUAAAAGGAAAUAGACAUCAAAUUAAUGGUGUUGUUGACGAUGAUGUUGAUGAAGAAGAAGAAGAAGAUGAUGAUGAUGAAGAAGAAGAAGACAGUGGUGACACCGAUGAUAGCAAAUCUGAUUUACACAAAGAAAUGUUAGCAGAAUGCCAGCAAAUGCACCUGGAACAACAGGGUACUGCAAUGGCGGAUUAUUUGUCAAGGUUGCAACCAUUGCAGCCUUUAGCAAUGCCAUUUCAGCACUUCCUGAGUUACCAAACUGAUGAAGUCAUGGAAAAUGGGACAUCACCCAGUGCUGUUAAUAAUGGAAACAGUAAGCGGUCUAGAGGGCGCCUAGGAGAAGUACGGCUUAUCACAGCUGCAGAUGGAUCGACACUCUUCUCUUGCCCAGAAUGCCAGACUGUCCUCCCUGAUCGGAACCAACUCGAUGUUCAUAUGCAGGGUCACCGUGCUGAGCGACGCUUUGUUUGUAAUGUGUGUGGAGCAUGCCUAAAACGCAAAGAACACUUGGACCAGCAUAAAAGAGGUCACAGUGAUGAGCGACCAUUUGUAUGUAGCAUUUGUCUUAAAGGCUUCAAGAGAAAUGAGCAUCUCACACGACAUAUUGUCAUUCAUUCUGGGGACAAAGAGCAUGCGUGUUCUGAAUGUGGAAAGCGUUUCAGUCGUAAGGAUCACCUACAUAAACAUGCACAAACACAUAUUGCUCGUCGUAUGCGAAAUCAUUCGACCAGUGGAAGUGGUGUUGUAGAAGCAGUGGGUCCUGUUCCACAUUAA